ACCGAUGUCGCAUGAGCACACGCGGGACGGGGGCGCGAGGCCUUUGAAUUCCGAUUAGCUGAGCUGCGCGGGUCUCCGUAUGGGAUCGCCCGGUGUUCGUGAGAUUUAAAGCCAAACUCGGGAAGGGAUGGGUCGCAAACGCAGCAGCCUGCGGUAUCGUCCCUACAGUCGGAGGGCCUCCCUUCAUUUGGCCGAUCCGGAAAUCAUCGACGACGACGAGGCCGAUGACUCUAUACUGGUGGUCUUCGAGAAGGUGUGCUGCAAGGGGUCAUCUCGGCCGCCUUUCUCCGCGCUGAAGGACGGUGGGCGAACAGGCGCCACGGUGGGGGAGUCGGCUUCGGCUCUGGGUACUACGCGGGUAGGAACAAGCGCCACGGUGGUGAAGUCGGCUUCGGCUGUGGGCACUACGCGGGUAGGAACUUCAGUAAGUUCGAAUGCUGGUCUGCCAACCGAGAAGGCCGCGACGACUUCUAAGUCGAGUGAGGUGGUGAAGGAGACCUCUGGCAUCGAAAAAUCGGACGAAGCCAUCACGCCUGCCUCUGAUGUUGGUCCAAGUGAGGCGACCACAACGGUGCGGCCGGGCACGAGCGCUUCCCCCUCGAAGGGAGCUCGUGCCGGCGACGACAGCGUGUUCUCGGUCACCGCGUUGCCAUCGCCAUCCUCCAACUCCUUCUGGAGCAACACCCGCAGGGGUCCGACCACUUCGACGCCGGCGCCGCGCCGCCGCCACGACAGUGACGUCGUGGAGGUAACACCGCACGUGGUGACACUGGAGGACGGUGAGCUGGCUGACACGCCGCACGUGGUCACGCUGGAGGACGCGCCGACCGAGCUGGAGGUGACAGAGGUGCGGCGCGUGUACGCGCUCAGCACGCCGGCCGUGCGGCGCCGCGCCGCCGGCUUCUUCGAGGACAUGACGCCGGCCGUGGCCAAGCCGGCGCCGGCGACGGCCGCCGACCUGAGCGCCGACUUCCUGCCGCUGGCGACGGCUCGGACCGGCACGCUUCUGCGAGAACCGCGUGCCCCGUCGGCCGAGCGACGGGGCGCGCCGGGCGUCCCCGCCGCCGACAUCCAGUUCAACGCCGACUUCCGACGGACGUUCGCGCAGAUGCUGGGCGAGCGGGCCAAGCGGCCGGUCAUCAUCGAUGGGCCGAACGUGGCGUACGCGCACGGUCGGAACCAGACGUGCUCAGUGAAGGGCCUUACCAUCGCCUUGGACUACUUCAAGAGCCGGGGCCACCGCUGUGUGGUCUUCAUGCCCAGCAACUUUCACCGUCGCAUUCCCAGCUUGGCUGAUCGACAGCUGUUGGAGGAGAUGUACCGCAGGGGCGAUCUGUCGUACACGCCCAGCCGAAUGAUCCAAGGCAAGACGGUCACCUGUUACGACGACAGGUACGUGGUGAUGUACGCCACGAACGUGGGCGGCGUGAUCCUGUCGCGGGACCUGUACCGGGACGUGGCCGAAGAGCGGCCCGACUGGCGGCACACCAUCGAGAACAGGUUGCUGAUUCCCGUGUUCGUGGGAGACCAGCUGCUGCUGCCGCCCGACCCUCUGGGCCGGAACGGACCCGGCCUGCUGGAGUUCCUCACGUUCCCGCCCGGCGCGCCGCUGCUGCCAGGCGCCCAGCCGCCGCCCGGCUGCCCGCCGCCGCCCGGCUGCCCGCCUGGCCCGAGUCAGCCCCCCGGGGUUCAGUGCACCUGAGCAGCGCCCGCGGUGCUCCUGCCCAGCGCAGCCCAGCGUCUGCCGGCGCGACUUAGAGGCGACAGGCGGCCUCCUUCCGAGAGAGGAGACGGAGCGAUCGGUCCGGUUUGGGGAGGUUUGACUGUGGGGAUGGGUCUGAGGCCGGAGGUGGGGCGGCUGUCAGUGUUUGGGAGCGCACGGGGUGAUACUGAUGCUCCGCCCGGCGGACGGGGGCACGCUAUUUAGCGCGGCUGGGAGGCGUUGGUGGCCGACAGGCAUCACGAAUGCUCCACGGAGGGGGAGGAGGGGUGGUGACCGCUGGCAAGCGGGUCGGUCAGGAAGUGUCCCGACUUCGCUGCUUCGAACGGCUCCGCGAGCGCUACCCAGUGCGGAGAUGUACUGCCACGUACCUGAAUGUUAGUCACAGCAUUCCGCUCAAUCAGUAUGUAGGCUAGAAGUCUGUUGAAACUCGAAGACAUGUGCCUUAACGCAGGCUGCGAACGGCACGGCGACCGCCGCUUCGGCACGACGUGCCACAUUCGAGGCCGAGCAGGUUGCAGACGGGGAUCACUGGGUCUUGCAAUACGUCGCCACAGAUGGUGUCUAGUUGGACCUGUGCCAGAGGCCACAGACGGCCUCCAUAAUCGUGAAACGCUGUUGAGCUUGACCAUUACCGCUGGCGUCCUAACUAGUAAUGCUGACGCACGCGGCUUGUGAUGUGCCUUCUGUGGUGGGCAAAUCGGUGAAUACGUUUAGACGGAUGUUUUUAAUGGGUGUUUCACAAAAAUAUACGUUAUGUAUGCAGUGUGGAAAGUUGCAGUUUCGCGUCUCCGCAUGUGAAUUUAGUGCAUGCAACGGUGCCUUUCCGCCGUCCAAGUGCAAUGUUUUUUGUGCCACUUUUUCUUUAGACAAGUUAUUGGUCUCGCGUGACGCCUCCGCUCCUAAAUUGCCAAGUUCAUUCCGUAAUUUCUGAAGGCAAUUUUUUUGCUUCUCGAUUGACAUCUUGGAACACAGGCUAGAUCAAAAUUCAGAUGCACCUUGUGUGGCUCAAAGGGGGCCUUCGUCGUUCGUCGGAUACUUCAACUGUCGCGAACGGCGUUCAAUCUACGAAUGUGCCUGUUCAUCUCUUGCUUGAAUAGCUGAGCUGUACGCAGGAGGUGCUCUCCCUGCUGGUACCUUUGGCCGCUUGCUGCAACGUUCGCCGUGUAAAAGUGCGCACUUCG